AAGCAACUGGGAGAGAGAGAUACUUUGUUUUACGGGCCGAGACUCCUUUAAAGUCCCCUCUAAGGCGUGUUAAAAGAAAUAUAUAUGUAUAUAUAUAUUCCUAAUAGUUUUCAAGCUGCAGAAAAGCAUGCCAAAACUUCAAUGGCUGCAACCACCUUCAUCCUUCUCAUUGUCUCUGCGAUAUGGAACGUAGAAGCGGCUCAAACAGGAGGGGGAGGAGGAGCUCGCAAUAUAACCAGAGGCUAUGCAGUCGGAAUCUUUCUGGCCGGAAUUCCUCCUGGCUCUCCCCCUCCGGUCUCUAUGCCUUCGGAUUCUACCCCCAAGGCAAAGGAGGCUAUGCAGUCGGAAUCUUUCUGGCCGGAAUUCCUGACAAGACGGUGGUGUGGACUGCAAAGAGGGAUGAUCCGCCACCGGCUACCACCAAUCUCACCCUUCAGCUCACUGCUGAUGGCAGGUUCAUGCUGCAGUCCCCGCAAGGGCAGAGCAUCCCCAUUGUCGAAACUUCGAACAUUUCUUCGGCUUCCAUGCUCGACACCGGCAAUUUCGUGCUCUAUAACUUCAACCAGAAGAGGAUCUGGCAGAGUUUUGAUUACCCAACUGACACAAUUCUACCUGGCCAGACCCUCUCAGGAGGUCGAGAUCAACAGCUUGUGUCCGCCGCUUCAGAGACGGAUCACUCCUCGGGCAUUUUCAGGCUUCGUAUGCAAAUUGACGGGAACCUUGUCCAGUAUCCAGUCGAGAAGGGCUACCCAUACGCAUACUGGGCCUCGGGCACGUACGGAAAAGGACCUAAUGUCACUCUGAAUCUCAACAAUAACGGCAGUCUCUAUUUGUUGGAUUCAGGUAACGCCGUCAUAUGGAACGUAGCAGGAGGAGGAUUUCCAAAGGAGGACACAAUUUUCCUGAUGAGAAUCGAUUCGGAUGGCAUCUUCAGAGUGUACUCAUAUGAAAAGAAGGGGAGCCGCACUUGGACUAGUCUGUGGCAAGCUCCAGACAAUAUGUGUGCUCCGAGAGGUCUGUGCGGCUUUAACUCAAUCUGUGUCCCUAAAGACAACAAAACCGACUGUAAGUGCCUUCCAGGAUACGACUUUAUUAACCCAGAUAACAGGACAUCUGGCUGUCAAAGGAACUUCUUUAUGCAAAGCUGCACAGACAAGGGACGGAGCGUUGAGUACAGCAUGACGGUUGUGGAGAACGUGGACUGGUAUAGUGUUUCGUACGUGGAGCUCUCGUCGAUCACAAGAGAUGACUGUAGAAAAGCCUGCCUCAAGGACUGUAAUUGCGAGGUUGCCCUGUUUGGCCGCGACGGCAGUUGCAGAAAACAAAAGCUUCCUUUGAAGUGGGCGACAGGAUCGGACACCAUCGAUACUAUUGUCAAAGUGGGUGCAUCUGAUCAACCAGUGUCCAACAAAGAUCCUGAAAAGGAAAUCAAGAAAGAGAAGAGAGUGGGCAUCCUAGUCACUGGUGUUUCACUUGCUGGGGUUGCCUUGCUUUUCAUCCUAAUUGCUGGAGUUGCUAUUUACAGAAACCGCAUUUGGGCGUACAGGAAGAUCUCUGAGAAAGCGAACUUUGAAUCGGGCGAGGAUGUCUCUCUUCGGGCUUUUACUUACUCUGAGAUGGAGCAGAUCACAGAGGGAUUCAAGCAUGAGCUGGGUAGAGGAGCUUCUGCAACAGUUUACAAAGGGACCAUUCCGUACAACCAAAAGGUUGUUGCCGUGAAGAGACUAGAGAACUUGUUAAUGGAGGGGGAAAGAGAAUUCCAGACAGAGGUGAAAGUGAUAGGCAGAACUCAUCAUCGGAACCUUGUCCGGCUGAUUGGCUACUGUAUCCAAGGAUCAAAUAGGCUUCUCGUCUAUGAACACAUGAGCAACGGAUCACUUGCAGAUUUCCUCUUCGCACAUGGAAGCCGACCAAGUUGGAACGAAAGAACUGGGAUUGCUCUUGACAUUGCUAGAGGCAUUCUCUACCUCCACAAUGAGUGCGAGACGCAGAUCAUCCAUUGCGAUAUAAAGCCUCAGAAGAUACUCAUGGAUGAGCACAGGCGCGCCAGAAUCAGCGACUUUGGAUUGGCAAAGCUUUUGAAGCCCGACCAGACCAACACGUUCACGGGGAUCAGAGGGACAAGAGGCUAUGUGGCACCAGAAUGGCAUCGAAAACACCCUGUGACAGUCAAAGCAGACGUCUAUAGCUUUGGGGUUGUGCUGCUAGAGAUCAUAUGUUGUCGAAGCUGCUUGGAUUGGAGCCUUGUGGAGGAAGAGGCUGUGAUUGUGGAAUGGGUGUACGAUUGUUUCAAGGCGGGGGAACUGAGAAAAUUGGUGGGCGAGGAAGAGAUAGAUAGCAGGCAACUGGAGCGGAUGGUUAAAGUGGGGCUGUGGUGCAUACAAGAUGAGCCAUCCAUGCGUCCUUCAAUGAAGAAGGUUGUGCUAAUGCUGGAAGGCACCGUGGACAUCCCAACACCUCCCGAUCCCACUUCCUUUCUAAGUGCCAUCUGAUCAUAAAUCUUCUUUGCCACUGCAUGCAGUUUCAAUCACCUAACUACUGUUGAGGCACCCUAAAUGAUAAAAGAGUUAUAGGAAGCAGGCAUGUGAAAUGGUAAUAAGCUAACCAUGCCAAAUUAAUUUGUAGGGUGAAGGACGAAUUGUUAUUAUAUUUUGAUUUAAGGGUUAUAUUAGUCACUAAGCUUCGAUGAAUUUUUAUAAAUAAGAUCACAUUAGCCAUUCAUCCAUUGUAUCCUUGGAUGCAAUCAUGAAUUGGCUAAUAUGCCCCAUCUAUGAAUGUUUCCAAUUUGAC